ACGGAACACCGGUACGUACCGGAAGUACUUGUGUUUUCGUGUGUAACACGAAGAAGCUAAAUGCUCUGAGCUGGAUCGUCUCUAAUUCAGCACUAAUCUACAAAGAUGUCCAUGUCCCACCUGUAUGGGCGCAGGGAGGAGGAGGAGGAAGGUGUGGAGAUUGAGAGCUUUGAGGUGACAGACUGGGAUCUGGCCAAUGAGUUCAACCCGGAACGCCGCAGACACAGGCAGACCAAGGAUCAGGCUACCUACGGUAUCUGGGCCGACAGAGACUCUGAUGAGGACGAGAGGCCGAGCUUUGGAGGCAAGAGAUCUAAAGACUACACCGUUCCAGUGAGCUUUGUGAGUGCUGGCCUGCGUAAGACUGAAGCUGAGGAGAAGCAGCAGCAAAAAGGAGAAGAAGACGCCAAUGAUUCUGAGGACGAUGCUCCUUCAGCACCUUCCCCCCCUCGCAGCACUGCACCCAAAAAACUGCAGAUGCAGGCUAAUUUCCGCAAGAACCAGGCCCAGAGGUUUGCAGGAGGUGUUCACUCUGGACAAGGCAUUGGUAACUGGGAGAAGCACACAAAGGGAAUUGGUCAGAAGCUUCUGCAGAAAAUGGGCUACCAGCCAGGCAAAGGCUUGGGCAAGAAUGCACAAGGUAUUAUAAACCCCAUUGAGGCAAAAGUUCGGAAAGGCAAAGGAGCAGUGGGCGCUUAUGGAAAUGAGCGAACGAAGCAGAGUCUCCAGGAUUUCCCUGUGGUCGACUCAGAGGAAGAAGAGGAAAAGGAGUUUCAGAAGGAGCUAGGCCAGUGGCGUAAGGAUCCUGCAGGUCCCAUUGGAAAAAAGAAACCCAAGUACUCCUUUAGAACUGUGGAUGAGCUGAAGGCUAAAGGCAAACUGGCGGGGCGGAGCACCACAGUAUCCGCCGGGGAGCUGGCACAGGUCAAGGUGAUAGAUAUGACUGGAAGAGAGAAAAAGGUUUACUACAGUUACAGCCAGAUGUCCAACAAGCACAGCGUCCCAGAUGAAGCUCCACCAAGCCUGUCCACUAGGGAUCAGAAGGGAACUGGCUUUGCUUUGCCUGAGCUUGAACAUAACCUGCAGCUACUGAUAGACCUCACAGAACAGGACAUAUUGCAGUCUGCCAGACGUCUCCAGCAUGAGAAAGAUGUAGUUGUGUCCCUGAGCCAUGAGUCAAGAACACUGCAGACCAGACUAGAUGCAGAGCAAGAUUCCAUCCAGAAAAUGGAGGCCGUACUGGCGCUGGUGGAGCGUUUUCCUUCUGGGGAAACUGCACCUGGGGAGGGACCCACCCUGCAGGAAUGUGCCCGGAUCUUUGAGACCUUACAAACAGAUUAUUAUGAAGAAUACAAGACAAUGGGAUUGUCAGACUUGGCUGUAGCAGUUGUUCAUCCGUUACUCAAAGAGAGACUUUGCUCUUGGGACCCACUUAAGGACAGCUCUUAUUGUCUGGAAGACAUCGGCCAGUGGAGAGCAAUCCUUGAAACUCGAGAACUCCAUUCCAGUGGCCCAGAUUCAAAUAUGGACCCUUACCACAGAGUGUUGUGGGAAGUGUGGGUCCCAGUGAUGCGGACCUGUGUGUCACACUGGCAGCCUCGUAUGGUCGGUGCGAUGGUGGACUGUGUAGAGGUGUGGGCUCCUCUUCUCCCCCUGUGGAUCCUGGAUAAUCUUUUGGAGCAGCUGAUCUUACCCCGACUGCAGCGAGAGGUUGAUAACUGGAACCCUCUAACUGACACAGUGCCCAUCCACUCCUGGAUCCACCCAUGGCUGCCUCUGCUCCAAUCACGUCUAGAGCCUCUGUACCCGCCCAUCAGGAGCAAACUGUCCAACGCAUUGCAACGAUGGCAUCCCAAUGACACGUCGGCCCGCCUCAUCCUGCAACCAUGGAAAGAUGUUUUCACUCCAGGUGCAUGGGAGGCCUUUAUGGUGAAAAACAUCAUUCCGAAAUUAGCUUUGUGUCUGGAGGAGCUGGUUAUCAACCCUCACCAGCAGCAGAUGGAGCCAUUUCACUGGGUGAUGGACUGGGAGGGCAUGCUGUCCCCCUCCAGCCUUGUGUCCCUGUUGGACAAAAACUUCUUUACUAAAUGGUUGCAGGUGUUGUGUUCAUGGUUGAGCAACAGUCCCAACUAUGAGGAAAUCACUAAAUGGUACCUUGGAUGGAAAAGCAUGUUCAGUGACGUCUUGUUGGCACAGCCACUCAUAAAAGAGAAGUUUAAUGAAGCUUUGGACAUCAUGAACCGUGCAGUGUCUUCAGGCAUGGGUGGAUACAUGCAACCUGGUGCAAGGGAGAACAUUGCAUAUCUCACGCAGACAGAGAGAAGGAAGGACUUCCAGUAUGAAGCAAUGCAGGAGCGCAGGGAUGCGGAGAGCGUGGCUCACAGAGGCAUCAGCACCGGUGGUCCAACCAACUUUAAAGAUCUGAUCCAGACCAAGGCAGAGGAAAACAAUAUUGUCUUUAUGCCCUUAGUGGCCAAACGGCAUGAGGGCAAACAGUUGUACACAUUUGGACGAAUCGUCAUCUACAUUGAUAGAGGGGUUGUGUUUGUGCAGGGGGAGAAGACUUGGGUGCCCACGUCUUUGCAGAGUCUGAUAGAUAUGGCCAAGUGAGGUUGGACUGUCUGGUUCCUUGUUUUUCCAGCUGUUCCAACAGAUAAUUUAGGGCAACUGUUUUUGCAUUUUUAUGUAACUUCAGCUUCCUGGUCUUAGUUGUAUGUGACUUGGAUAAUUGUGUAAAAUCUUAAGACUUGUUAUACUUGUGAAUAAAUACUUUUUGAAUAUA